AUGGCUUCCAACUCUUGUGUAGCUUCUCACAAUAUCACGAGCCUCAAGCACCAGAGGUCGCUUUCAACCUCUUCCUGUAUUCCGUGGUUUGCUGUGCUCAGCAUUGAAUGUCUGGCCAUAGUCAUCCUCAACAUCACCACCAUUAUUGUAUUUGUGAAGCAGCGCCAGCUACAGAGGAAGAGUACAUACUUGAUUAUCCACCUUGCCAUAGCUGAUUUGUUAGUCGGGGCCAUAUCAGGGCCGAUGCAGGUUUAUGCAAUCAUGGCUGAGUGUUACGGGAAGAUUUGGGAUAUAACGUUUUCAAGAAUAAGUUUAGCAAUACGUCCCUUUUUCCCCUUUGCAUCCCUUGUCAAUCUUGCGUUCAUUUCGCUGGAACGAGUACACGCAACAUAUCGCCCUUUUAAGCAUCGUUUAAUCAAGAAAUGGGUGUAUGGACUAGUUAUAGCUUUUAUAUAUUUAUCAACAAUAUGCAAAGGUACAAUAGAAAUAGUAACCGAUUGGCCAUUAAACGUAAUUUGGGUUUAUUGUUCUUAUUUCAUUCUUCUGGUUCUCGUGUGCCUAUGUUACAUUUCCAUUUAUAUCAAAGUUCGUUGUAGUCAUCAACAUCAACUUCAUGGUGCAGCCGGCCUGAGGGAAAGAAAACUGACGAGUACAUCGUUUCUUGUCACCUCUGCGUCAUUAUUAACUUUUCUACCACUUACUAUUUGGGAAAGUAUGAUUUUCCUUCAUGUCAUGUCCAUUCCAAACUGGUCCACUUAUCUGCAAAUUGGUGGCACUAUACUAACAUUAUUCUUGGCCAACUCGCUAAUAAAUCCUAUUCUUUAUGCAGUGCGGAUGCCAGAAUUUAGGGUAGGUAUAUCAAAGUUGAUAUACCGUAGGACGCCCCAAGACCAUCGAAAUCCGGUCGAAUAUCCACUUCGCAAUCUUUAG